AUGGUGCUGGAGGCUUGUCAUCCAGUUCUCCAUUCUCAGACGAAUCAGAAUUAUGAAGAGGCCGGCCAUGCUGGAAACAGAGUGGAGUUGGCUGACCGAGCUCAAGGACGCGGCCUCAGACUUAAAGGUGGCUUCGGAUUGUCCACCGGUCAACUCAACUCCCUGGUCUCUUUUGUUCCUAACUCUGUGCUGGAUUUACUGCCUUUUGAUGGGCUGGAGUCAUUUCAAAGCAAACAUUCCAAAGAGACUGUAAAAUUCAAGGAUGUGGCCAUAAAUUUUACACUGGAAGAAUGGACUUUGCUAAAUCUUUCCCAAAAGAAGCUCUACAGAAAUGUGAUGGUGGAAAUCUUAAGGAACCUGGUCUCUAUAGAAUCUAAAACCUCCCUAAAAUCUCUUGAAACUCCCUCUCAAAAGGUAGAUGAACAUUUUUAUCCUGUACUCCAGGCUGCCCGUUCCCCUCAGGAUAAUUUAAGUCCCGAGGACGAGGCCACCCUGGAAGAGGAGGCAGCCCAAUAUCAUCAGCCUGAUUGGCCCCCCCUUACUUAG